AUGUUCUUAAAACUGUAUGCAUGUUACGCAGCAUUAUAUUUCGCGUUUAAUGACCUUAUACUCGGUUGUAUCCCAUUCCGAGAUAGAUUUUUCGUAAAACCAGUUACUCUACGUGAUCCCGCGCUUUUCAAAUCUAACUACGGUUAUAUAUCGUUUGGAAUAUUUAGAGAAUCGAAUCAUCCAAUAUUUUUGCGAAACAUUGAAUCAAUCAAGGGGACAACUCGCGUAUUUUCUAAUUUUUCUGACUACCUGGAAAGAAAUAAGAUAACAGAGGGUGGAAUCGAAGAAGAUUUAUAUAACAUUCUUGCCAUAGAAACUAGUUUCGAUGACACAUGUGCAGCUGUAAUAAGAAGUGAUGGGAAGAUAUUAAGUGAGGAACAAGUGUCGCAAAGGGGAACGGUGGAAUUAUUCCAAGGAAUUAAUCCAUCAUAUGCUUAUCGUAUACAUCAGGAACGUAUUCAGGAUGUUAUCCAUAGAGUUUUGGAGAAAGCAGGGUUAUCGAUGAAUCAAAUCCGUAAAAUAGCCGUUACCAGAGGCCCAGGAUUAGAAAUUUGUUUGAAAGUUGGUUAUGAUAUGGCAUUAGAACUAUCUAAGAAGUUUAAAAUAGAUCUGGUAGAUGAAAAUCACAUAGCUGCACACUGUUUAUCUCCUAUGAUAAGAGAUCAUCAAUUUAAAUGCUAUGGAAACUCACGCCUUUCACAAUCGGAUGAAUUAAGAUACCCGUAUCUAUGUUUGCUACUUUCUGGUGGUCAUUCACAGAUUUAUGUCGCACAGAAUCCGAUAAAGUUCCACUUACUUUCAGAUACUCAGGACAGAUACGCUGGAAAUGUUUUAGACAAGUGCGCUAGAGAUCUUGGUCUUGGAAUAGGCGAUGGAGGUGCUUCAUCAUUGGAAUCCGCCGCAAAGAAUGUAAAAAUACCCGAAUACAUUUUUACUAUUCCAUCAAAAGCUUGUUUUUUUUCAGAAUUUUGUUUUUCUGGGAUAAGGACCCAACUGCAUCUUUUGAUCAAGAGCUUGUUAUCUGAACAAGACUUUCAAUCAAUUUCUAAACUUCCAAAACACACUAUUGACCAACUAGCAUAUAGUUGCCAGGACGCUGUGUUCAACCAAAUCUUGCUACAGUUGGAAAAGGCCAUGGACGUUUGUGAGACACUCUUUGGCAUUCGACAAGUCGCUUUAGUUGGAGGUGUCGGUUGUAAUAAUAAAAUAAAAGAUAUGAUUGUUUCAAUGUUUGAGCGCAGGAAAGCCAUGAUUUCUACAAAGUGUCUAUCAUUUUUGGAAAGGAUGCGGAGACAUAUAUCCAAAUUUUUGAAGAAUGGCUUAAAAAUAAGAAUAGAGGAUGAUAAUGACUUCCUUAAGAUACAUACUGAACUUAUUAAGAAAUUCAAUUCUCUGGAGGAUUUAAUGAGAUACCUUUUGAAUCCUAGCUUGUUUUCUAGUCUUUUGACUGGGAAAAACAGAAUAAAAGCGUGUAUACAGGACAAGAAUUCCAUAUAUAGACUACUACUCUAUUCUUAUUUUCACGUACUUGGUGACAAGGUACAAAUAUUAAGAAAACAAUUAUCUAAAGCAAUAGAAAGAAGGGAAACAAUUUCCUCAUCGCGAACACUAUUAAAGGAACUUAUGAAUAUAGAUGGGAAUAAUUCAUAUCUCAUAAAGAAACAUGAAGUGAAUCAUAGUGAUUUUAGUGGGAAUUGGGAACUUUUUACGCCAUCUAGAAAAUACUGCAGAGAUAAUGCUGUCAUGAUAGGAUUUAGUUUGUUAGAAAAACACAAAAUCGGUAUAAAGGGUAUAAACCGUGAAGAAAAAAUAGACGGAAAGGAUGUUUUGUCAAAAUGGGAUUUGGGAGAUCGUAAGUGCUGGGAAGUGUUAUCUGACAUUUGUAAAUUACAUUCUUUUUUGUCAACCUAA